AUGGCACCCAAUAUCAGAAAUAUCCAGGGUGACAUCUGGCCUCGACUGCCCAAAAAGUAUGAAACAUUCUUGUUUUUCGAGAUUGGUGACGAGAAGUUGUUCAAGGAAAAGCUGGCUGCGUUCUUGCAAUUCAUCACCACGGCCGAAUCGGCGCACAAGGUGCGAGGCGAUCUUUACAACAGGAAGAAAAAUGCCUUGAUGAAGACAAUGUGCACCAACAUUUCCUUUUCUGCUUCUGGCCUAAAGAAACUUGGAAACAACGAGCUGGAUCAGGACGAUCUCUUCCAAGGCGGCAUGUAUGCAGACAUGGUGACCGCCGGUCUUGACAGAGACGACGAAUGGCUUGGCGAGUUCAAGGGAUCGCGAGGCCAGAUUGACGGCGUUUUCACCCUCGCGGCCAGUUCUGAAGAUACCGUGACAAGACAUCUUGCGUCCGUCUUGAACCCUAUGUUCCAGCCCCCAGGCAAGACUCCAGCCGCUAAGUGGCUUUUCACACAAAGCGGUGCCGUGCUGAACGAGUAUGAUAUCGAACAUUUUGGGUGGAAAGAUGGUGUGUCCCAGCCUCAGAUCCUGGGAUUGGACGCCGACCCCAACGGUGAUCUCUGCCCUCGUAACAUCAAGCCUGGUUACAUCAUCGUCGGAGAGGAUGGUGAUACUCAAAAUCCACCGGCUUGGGCCCAUGAUGGCAGUUUCAUGGUCUUCCGCCGACUGAGGCAGCUUGUCCCUGAAUUCACACAAUGGGUAGUAGGCCAGAUUGGAGACCAAGCUCGGGAUGAGCACAAAAACAUGAAACUUGGUGUGAUCUCUAACAUGUCCUCUCGUAUUAUGGGAAGAUGGCCCAAUGGUAUUUCUCUGGAGGAGAAGCCUGCACCCUCUGACGUGUACGAAGACAAAGCCCUCCCCGAGGAUAACCACAAUCUAAGCCCUGAAGACAAAGCGCUUUUGGAUUCGAACAACUUCGACUUCACAGACAUCAAAUGGCAAGAUAAAUGUCCCUUUGCGUCUCACAUCCGCAAGGUCCGGCCUCGAGCCGAGCGCUUAGGCCCCGAUGGGUCCGCGGACGACACCCAUGCGAUGAUUCGUCGGGGUAUUUCGUUUGGACCUCUGACUGAGUCAUCUGAGAAAGCAGGUGGAGUGACACUGCACGACCGUGGGUUGCUCUUCGUGUCCUAUCAGUCAAACCUUCAGAACGGGUUCCGUCAUGUGCAGAAUGAAUGGGCAAACAAAGUCGGUUUCCCUCCUGGAAAGAGCAGAAACUACGACGGCCAACAGCCUGGACUCGAUCCUAUCAUUGGUCAAUGGCCCAAGGGUGAGACAGAGAGCAACUUCAUCAGCAUGCCGAGGUUCGACGAUCCUCGUAAGGUGGAAAGGUGGACCCUUGAUCGCACUGUGAUUGCAGAGGGUGGGGAGUACUUCUUUACUCCUUCCAUGAGUGCUCUUAAGGAACUCUGUGGUAAAUAG